GGUUGACAUAAGAGACAAAUCAUUCCUUGUAAUGAUGUAAUUGUUCUGAGACACACUGUAAUGGGUAUGGUAAAGUAUUCAUGUGGAAGCUCUCUUUCGACAGUCCGUCUGCAUCCAUAAAUAGGGGAAGAUCUCCGGCUUCCAUCUCUCUCUCUCUCUCUCUCUCUCUCUCUCUAAGACAAAUGGCAUCUGCUUGCGUAGUUGCCGUCCUCCCCUUUGUGGCGGCACUGAUGGGAUCACUAUGGGGAGGGGCUUCGGCGCACGGCGUCGCCGCCUCGUCUUUCAACAGUAGCUCCUUCCCUGCUGGCUUUGUCUUCGGCGCGGCCUCUGCAGCUUACCAAUACGAAGGUGCAUUCCGAGAAGGUGGCAAGGGGCCGAGCAUUUGGGACACCUUCACUCAUCACCACCCAGAGAAAAUAAUGGAUAGGAGCAAUGGAGAUGUGGCAUUAGACUCUUACCAUCGUUACAAGGAAGAUGUGGCGCUCAUGAAAGAGAUGGGAGUGGAUGCCCACAGGUUUUCCAUCUCUUGGUCGAGGAUCUUACCAAAUGGAAAGCUCAGUGGAGGAGUCAACAAGGAAGGCGUCAAACAUUACAACGAUCUCAUCGAUGAGCUCCUGUCAAAUGGUUUGCAGCCCUUCGUGACCCUCUUUCACUGGGACCUGCCUCAGGCCCUGGAGGAUCAGUACGGUGGUUUCUUGAGUCCAUUCGUCAUCAAAGACUUCCGCGACUUCGUGGAAGUGUGCUUCGGGGAGUUCGGCGAUCGGGUGAAGCACUGGAUCACCUUCAACGAACCCCUGAUCUUCUCCACCAUGGGUUACGCUACAGGACAGACGGCACCGGGCCGAUGCACCCCCAUACUCGUCGGCAAUUGCACUGCAGGGAACUCGGGCAGGGAGCCCUACGUGGUGGCUCACCACCAGUUGCUCGCCCACGCCGCCGCCGUGAAGCUCUACAGGGACACAUACCAGGGAUCUCAGAAGGGAAGAAUAGGAAUCACACUGACGACCACAUGGUUUAUUCCACUCUCCGAUUCCAAGUCCGACGUCGAUGCUGCUCAAAGAAUCCUAGACUUCAAUUACGGAUGGUUCAUGGAUCCUCUAACCGGAGGGGACUACCCAUUCAUCAUGCGGACGCUUCUCGGGGAUCGCCUACCGAGGUUUACCGACGAGGAAUCCAGGCUGAUUAAAGGAUCAUUCGACUUCAUCGGCCUCAAUUACUAUACUGCAAGCUAUGCUUACGGUCUUCCUCUCUCCAAAACCGGCGUUCAGAACUACAUGACAGAUUCUUUUGUCAGCAGCACCGCGGUUCGUAACGGAGUUCCGAUCGGUCCUCAGGCUGCUUCCAGUUGGCUCUACGUCUACCCGAAAGGGAUAAGAGAUCUCCUGUUGUACACGAAAUCCAAAUACAACAAUCCGGUGAUCUACAUCACGGAGAAUGGUAUCGAUGAGGUAAACGAUGAAACAGUGCCUCUCAAGGAAGCACUCGAGGAUAAGACGAGGGUCGAGUACUACAGGGGGCAUCUGCUCUACCUGCAGAGAGCUAUCAGGAGAGGAGCAGACGUGAGGGGAUUCUUCAUGUGGACGCUGUUGGAUGACUUCGAAUGGAACUCAGGCUACACUGUAAGAUUUGGACUCCAUUAUGUGGAUUUCAAGGAUGGGCUGAAGAGGUACCCCAAGAGAUCUGCACUCUGGUUCCGUGAGUUCCUCAGGAGAUCGUAGAUGAUGCAUCUGCCACUGGAAGAAUCAUGAUUUGACGCUUGCUUCUGCUUUCUUUGACUGCAAAGAAACUGGCUGUUCUUGUGGUGCAUGUUGGAGUCUCGAGACAAUGCUGUUGUGCUUGCAAUAAAAUGCUACUUGUUUUCACUUUGAUAA